CUCUGUUUUGGAGGCAGAUUCUGGGAGUUUCCUAUAACAGGAGGAAAGCAUGCCUCCACAUCCCAUAAUGACCUGCAGCGUUUCACACGGGCAUGCUGUGUAAACACGCGUCCUUCAGGUUCCUGUCAGCCACCAGCUUAUCCUCAGCCGACUGACAUGCUUGUCUUUGGCCUGUCAGUGGAGAACAUCUUGUAAAUGGGAGUGCAAGCCUCUGUUUCCCUCUCCUCCACAGCGAGGGACGCAUGGCGGCCCCUGAGCCCCUCCAACCUGCCUCCGGGCCCUAUAAUCUUUUUACAAUGUGUUGAAACACGGCAAUAAAUCUGUUAGCUUACAAUCUAAUUUCCUUGGCCUUUUCCAGAAAUCCUCAUAAACUUUUGGCGCCCCCAUUAAGGGUCCUAUUGAAUCAGAGCGCUUAAUCUGCUUCCAGGUGAGGGGUCAGAAAAUGAAUGCUUUGAGAUCCAUCACACUGACGGAUGCAGAGAAAACUGGGAGAAGGAAAGCGCUGGAGAAAAGGGCAGCGUCUCUUCCUCAUAGGUCAAUAGCAGCCAAGAGAGUCAGUCAUUCACUUUUUGCCUCGCCGUCGCUCUCAUUUCCCAUUUAAUAUGGACAUCCAAUUAAUGCGAGCAUGUCCGGGGCAGCCCGGAUCCCCGUGAAUUAUGGCCCAUCAUCCCCCCCAGUUAUGGCUCUGCAGGAGACGGGUGAGGAAAGUAGAGGAAACAAGGAGAGGGGAGGAAGGAGAAAAGAGCCACCGGAGUGUGAGAUAAAGGACGGGAGAGGAGAAGGAAAUGAGAGGAUGGGAGAGAAAGGGGAAAGUGACGGAGGAGAGAACAGCCUUAUAGGAAUUAGAGAUAGUUGAUUGGCUGUUGGGACAGUGGAAGCUGCGCCUGAUUGGCUGCUGGAGAGGAGAACGGGAUUAGCUUCUAAAGUGGUGUAACAGACACCUGAGCUUUGUUGUGUGUGUGUGUUAGUGUGUGUGUGUGCAAACAACAUUACAGCCUGGCCUGUGAUAUUAAACCAGGGCAGCUACACCUUAUUGUCACAGCAACAGGGAUUUGUCAUUGUACCACAUUAUCCAAUUAACAGCAUGCGAGCCUGCGGCCAGCAUAGACACGCACUAACACAUGCACACCCAUGCACACACGCCGGACCGUCCUCUGUGUGUGUGUGCACUUCAGUGAAGUUGAAAUGUUGGAGGAAACUUUUGGCUAUGAGCUGCAAACACAUUAACCCCCUCUCUUUUUUCGAAUCUAUGUCGGUGGAAGCUGACUUCCAAUCAGCACAAAAAGUCUGGAGCUCCCCGAGCCGAUUUAUCGCCGUUAACCGGCUCUGAAAGGCAGAAGGAAACCAGGACAGAGAGGAGAAAGCGUCACUUAAUCGUCCUGUGAGGGAAGUACAGGAGCUUCUAGCCCACACAGUUGAAGUGCCUGAACAUAUUCAAGAGGAAAUGGAGAUAGAUGAACCGCAACCAGUCACUGUACAUGAAGCUACCACACAGACAGUUAGGGAACCAGGAACUACCCGCACUGUUAGAAUGCAGGUUGAUAUGAGGUCGAAAGGUCCAACGAAAAAAACAAAAGGGUCGCAGACAAUGCCUGAAGUUGUGGAAAUUAGCACUCAAACUGAUAAAGAAUUUUGCCCAUUGUGUGACCACAAGCAGCUAUCUAUACAAGUUGAACCAAUCAGUCCUUCAUCACCAGACCUUCCAUCUAGUCAGCCGGAUCCCGUAUCAGCUGAUGAUAGUGAUGAUAGUGACUAUCUUCCAAGUUCUUCACAGACCACAUCCUCCUCAGACUCUGAAAGAAGGCCCACACCCCCACCCACUGAGAGUUUUUUCUUAGUUGCCUGGUCUGCUUUGAGCAUGCUGCUCAAUUUGAGGUGUUGUGAUUUUUGUCAAGAAAUGGACAUGGACAUGUCAACCACAACCCAGGGUACAAUGCUGUGUGUCCUCUGGACAUGCAAGAGUUGUAAAAAAGUAACAAAAUGGAAGAGUCAGCCUCUUGUUGGAGACAUACCUUUAGGCAAUAUUUUGCUAUCUGUAGCAAUAUUGUCUACUGGUGCAUUAGCCACUAAAGUAAUACGCAUGUUCCAAAACAUGAAAGUGGCAUGCAUAUCCAAAAGAACAUUUUUUAGGCAUCAAAAAGACUAUCUGCUUCCCAGUAUCACACACUUGUGGGCUGAGCAGCAAGCCUGGCUCAUUGCAUGUCUUCAAGCAGAACAAAGAGGCAUCGUGUUGGCUGGAGAUGGUCGCUCAGACAGCCCUGGUCAUUCCGCAAAAUAUGGGAUGUACACAAUGUUAGAAUUACCAGCAAAUGUUAUCAUAGACAUGCAACUCGUGCAGAGCAAUGAAGUUGGUGGUGCCACGCAUAUGGAAAAGGAGGGCUUCAUAAGAUCAGUUAAUUUUUUGGAAACACAACAGGGUCUCGAUAUAGAUGUGAUAAUAACAGACAGGCAUGUCCAGUUACGGAAAUGGAUCAGAGAGAAUUUGCCAGAUGUUCAACACCUUUUGGACGUUUGGCAUGUUGCGAAGGGUUUUAGAAAAAAACUUGUGGCACUCUCCAAAGAAAAAGACUGCACAGACUUGAAACAGUGGAUUGACAGCAUAAUCAAUCACCUUUAUUGGUCAGUCAUGUCAACAGAUUCUGCAGAGCCAAACCUAGUUGAAGCCAAGUGGACGUCUGUGCUGAAUCAUAUUGUAAAUAUUCAUACGCACAACAAUGAGUUAUUCCCUAAAUGUGAGCAUAAAAGGCUGAGAGGAAGAGCAGCCAGAAAGAAAUGGUUGAAACCAUGUUCUACCAUGAUGGUGAAAUUAGAAAAACUGGCAACAACAACAUACCUCAUAAGAGAUCUAAAACAGUUGUCAAACCGGGAGCAGACAUCCUCUCUGGAGGCGUUCCACAGCCUCUUGAACCACUACGCUCCGAAAAUGUAUGCUUUUUCUUAUGAGGGCCAGCUUUGCAGGUACAUACAUGUUAUAUGCUGUUACUUAAAACAUUGCUUUAUCAACUUAUCAAAAAAAAAAAUAGGUGUCUCUAGCGUAACAUAUUUUCAAGAUGUUAGUUUUUUUCAGGUGAAUGUUUAUGUCAAUACAUCUUUUUUUAAUAGAGGACUGUUAGCAGUGAUGCAUUUCAAUGAAAAUAGUGGGCGGACUCAACAAAGUACCAGAUCAGGUGAACUCCAGUAUGCAGUGUCUCUCCCAAAGUGGAAGAAAGGGGGACACACAGUGAGGAAAGUUUUAGAAGAACCCACAUUUGACUAUGUUAAUGAGAUCAUCAAGGAUGUCCUGGACAGGCUCACAUACCCCAGAGAAGAUGUAGAUGUCAGAGAUGUGCCUCCUCCAUUGAGUAGUGAAUACCAAAGGCCAACCAAAGAAACUGCUGUCUCACAGUUCAAAUCCAGAUACAAGUCCACUUGAAUCAGUCUAAUGCAGGAUACAAAAAUCCAACAUACUGUCCAGUUGGUGCAGGAAAAGUUGACCGUAUUUUAUUCACAGCACAGGAUGGCAGGGUAACACGAACCGCUCUCCCAAGAUGUCCCCAGCACAGCCUCACAAACUGCCUGUAUGCGAUAUAUCGAUAUCUUCUGAAAAUAGAAUAAAGACUUGAUUACAUGUCUGUCAGUGUUUGAAAUAUAUUGUCAGCAUAUUUACAUACAUGUGUUUAUAUUGUUCAUUGAAGUUUAUAUAUCAGUUUUAUUUGAGGAAAUAAAUAUAUCAUAUCCCUGA